AUGGAAUAUUUGGACAAGUUCGUCAUCGUGUUCAUCGACGACAUUUUGAUCUACUCGAAGAGCAAAGAAGAACAUGAAGGACAUUUGCGUCUAAUUAUGGAAAAGCAUAGAGAUCACAAGCUUUAUGCCAAAUUCAGCAAGUGUGAAUUUUGGCUGUCCGAAGUAGGUUUCUUGGGACACAUAGUGCCAGGAGACGGAGUUGUUGUUGACCCUGCUAAGGUAGCAGCAGUAACUGAAUGGGAUGCCCCCAAGAACGUCGGUGAUGUUCGCAGCUUCUUAGGACUUGCUGGAUACUACAGGAGGUUCAUUGAGGAUUUCUCCAAGAUAGCGAAACCCAUGACUGAACUUCUAAAGCAAGAGAAGAAAUUUAAAUGGACUGAUAAGUGUGAAGAAAGUUUUCAAGAUUUGAAGUAG